CAUUAUUAGACUUCGCAGGAGCACCUAAUGUUUUUAGGUACAACAAUGCCUAUGUAUGAAACUAUUGCUGUUGUGGAAAAAAAUUCGGUUGUUCUAGACAUUGGUUCGGCGUAUACAAAAAUUGGAUUUGCUCGAGAAACUGGGCCUAGGUUCAUUAUUCCAACUGAAGUAAAUCACCCUCAUUCCGGAAAGUGUGUUAAAGUAUGGGAGUACCAAGGAAAAGAGGAUCUUUAUGUAAUUCUAAAAGAAUUUGUUCACAAAUUGUACUUCAAGUACUUGGUUGUUAAUCCUAAGGAUCGAAGAGUUGUUAUCGUUGAAUCUGUUUUGUGCCCAACAUUAUUUCGUAAUACGUUAGCUGAAGUUCUUUUCAAUCAUUUUGAGAUUCCGUCUUUAGUUUAUGUCCCAUCUCAUUUAAUGGCAUUAUUUACAUUAGGUAUUUCUUCUGCAUUAGUAAUGGAUGCAGGUUAUGCCGAGACAACAACUUUACCUAUUUAUGCUGGUGUUCCCAUUCUCAGUGCUUUAGAAAGCCUGUCUUUAGGUGGUCAAGUAAUACACAGGAGAAUUGAAGUUGAGCUUAUGGAAAAAGCAACUGUUAAGACAUCUGAAUUAGAGGAAAGAAAUUUAACUGAAGUUUUAACAGAACCAUUGAGUGAAUCAGUUUUGGAAGAUAUUAAAGUGCGGACAUGUUUCGUUACUCCUCGAGGCCGAGGCUUAAUCCUUCAAGCUCAUGAAUCAAGGAAACAAAUUAGAGGCAGUGCCUCUCCUGAUCCAGAGCUUGAGGUACCAGCUCCACCUCCUGAUGUCAACUAUCCUCUGGAUGGAGGAAAGACUAUGACGAUACCUGGAUCAAUACGAGAAUGGGCACCUGAAAUAUUGUUUGAACAAGAUGCAGAUAAUAAAUCAAUAGCAACUAUGGUCUUAGACUCCUUAUUAAGAUGCCCAAUAGAUACCCGAAAAGAAUUGGCCUCUAAUGUUAUCAUCAUGGGUGGUACAGCUAUGCUUCCUGGUUUUAAACAUUCACUUUUAACCGAAAUCAAAAUGUUGCUUGAUGAUCCUAGAUAUUCAUCACGUUUACCCCUAAAGGAAAUAAAAAUUCAUUCUCCUCCUGCAAAGGAAAAUUAUAUUGCAUGGCUUGGAGCUGCUGCUUUUGGGGCAACAGAAGCUGUACCAUCAAGAUCGAUAACAAAGGAUCAGUAUCGGCAGAAAAAGUAUAUCCCAGAUUGGUCAGAUAGGAAAUGGGCAGACACUGGAAGUUCUAUUUGAGCAUGAUUUUGGACAUUCAAGAACUGUUUUUUGUGGAAAAAAAGAAAACCCUGUGAUUGUAUUGUUGUAAAUAAUUCUACAAAAUUUUAAAGAAAGCUUAAGUUAUUUUGUUCUGUUUUUUCAAUAAACUUGU